AUGUACUCACAUGCGAUCAUACAGAUCGGCCUUUUGGUACUAUCUUUCGCCGCCAAAGAAAGCGAGAGGGUCUUCCACUACCUUUUCACCGUUGCCCUACUGGUCGGCUCCAUAACCUACUACGCUGAAGCCGCUGAUCUUGGCUGGAGUGCCGUCGAACAAGUCGAUGAUCUCGGAAAUGGAGUCAUUCGCCAGAUGUUCUAUGCCAAAUAUAUCAACUGGGUCGUGGCCUUCCCUUCUCUCGCCCUAGGUCUUGGUCUAGCCUCUGGUGUUUCCUGGACCACCAUCUUCUGCAAUAUCGCUAUCGCAUGGCUGUGGGUCGUCAGCUACCUCGCGGCUGCUUACACCACCACGAGCUACAAAUGGGGCUUCUUCGCAUUUGGCACAUUCUCCUGGCUCAUCCUCGCCAUGAGUACCAUCAACGAGAGCCGUGAAGCCGCCGCCCUGCUUGGUAUUGAACGCGACUACCUUGUCCUCGCUGGCUGGGUGAAUUUUCUGUGGGUCCUUUACCCAGUCGCCUUUGGCCUCACCGACGGCGGUAACAUCAUUGGCGUCACGGGCGGUUUUAUCUUCUUCGGUGUUCUCGACAUACUCAUAGUGCCGGUGUCGAGUUUUGCGGUGUUGUUCUUUGCUCGCAACUGGGAUUACCGCAAUUUGAACAUUGCAUUCAGUGACAGUCGUCCCAGCCGAGAGAGUGAGAUCGCGAAGACAGAACGUCCUGCCAGUCCUGCUGAUAAUGCCGCAAUUGCUUAA